AUGGGGAAUGCGUCAAAUGAGGGGAAUGAGGAUGAUGAGGUGAAUGAAGAUGAUGAGGGGAAUGAGGAUGACGAGGGGAAUGAGGAUGAUGAGCUGAUUGAUUCAAAUGAGAAUGAGACGAGCGAAUGGGAGGGGAAUGAGGAUGAUGAGGGGAAUGAGGAUGACGAGGCGAAUGCGGAUGAUGAGGGAAAUGAGGAUGAUGAGGUGAAUAGAGAUGAUGAGGCGAAUGAGGAUGAUGAGGCGAAUGAGGAUGAUGAGGCGAAUGAGGACGAUGAGGGGAAUGAGGAUGAUGAAGCGAAUGGGGAUGAUGAGGCGAAUGGGGAUGAUGAGGCGAAUGGGGAUGAUGAGGCGAAUGGGGAUGAUGAGGCUAAUAGGGAUGAUGACGCGAAUGAGGAUGAUGAGGGGAAUGAGGAUGACGAGGAGAAUGAGGAUGAUGAGCUGAUUGAUUCAAAUGAGAAUGAGACGAGCAAAUGGGAGGGGAAUGAGGAUGAUGAGGGGAAUGAGGAUGACGAGGCGAAUGCGGAUGAUGAGGGAAAUGAGGAUGAUGAGGUGAAUAGAGAUGAUGAGGCGAAUGAGGAUGAUGAGGCGAAUGAGGAUGAUGAGGCGAAUGAGGACGAUGAGGGGAAUGAGGAUGAUGAAGCGAAUGGGGAUGAUGAGGCAAAUGGGGAUGAUGAGGCGAAUGGGGAUGAUGAGGCGAAUGGGGAUGAUGAGGCUAAUAGGGAUGAUGACGCGAAUGAGGAUGAUGAGGGGAAUGGGGAUGAUGAAGGGAAUGAGGAUGAUGAGGCGAAUGAGGAUGAUGAGGGGAAUGAGGAUGAUGAGGCGAAUGAGGAUGACGAGGCGAAUGAGGAUGAUGAGGGGAAUGGGGAUGACGAGGGGAAUGAGGAUGCCGAGGGGAAUGAGGAUGAUGAGGGGAAUGAGGAUGAUGAGGGGAAUGAGGACGAUGGGGGGAAUGGGGAUGAUGGGGGGAAUGGGGAUGAUGGGAAUGAGGAUGAUGAGGGGAAUGGGGAUCAUGAGGGGAAUGAGGAUGAUGAGGGGAAUGAGGAUGAUGAGGGGAAUGGUGAUGAUGGGGGGAAUGAGGAUGAUGAGGGGAAUGAGGAUGAUGGGGGGAAUGGGGAUGAUGGGGGGAAUGGGGAUGAUGAGGCGAAUAAGGAUGAUGAGGGGAAUGAGGAUAAUGAGUGGAUUGAUUCAAAUGAGAAUGAGACGAGUGAGUCUAAUGAGUGGAAGGAGGGGAAUGAAUCAAAUGCAUGGAACGAGGGGAAUGCGUCAAAUGAGGUAAAUGAGGAUGAUGAGGGCAAGGUGGAUGAUGACGCGAAUGGGGAUGAUGAGGGGAAUGAGGAUGAUGAGGGGAAUGAGGAUGACGAGGCGAAUGCGGAUGAUGAGGGAAAUGAGGAUGAUAAGGUGAAUAGAGAUGAUGAGGCGAAUGAGGAUGAUGAGGCGAAUGAGGAUGAUGAGGCGAAUGAGGACGAUGAGGGGAAUGAGGAUGAUGAAGCGAAUGGGGAUGAUGAGGUGAAUGGGAAUGAUGAGGCAAAUGGGGAUGAUGAGGCGAAUGGGGAUGAUGAGGCUAAUAGGGAUGAUGACGCGAAUGAGGAUGAUGAGGGGAAUGGGGAUGAUGAAGGGAAUGAGGAUGAUGAGGCGAAUGUGGAUGAUGAGGGGAAUGAGGAUGAUGAGGCGAAUGAGGAUGACGAGGCGAAUGAGGAUGAUGAGGGGAAUGGGGAUGACGAGGGGAAUGAGGAUGAUGAAGCGAAUGGGGAUGAUGAGGCGAAUGGGGAUGAUGAGGCGAAUGGGGAUGAUGAGGCGAAUGGGGAUGAUGAGGCUAAUAGGGAUGAUGACGCGAAUGAGGAUGAUGAGGGGAAUGGGGAUGAUGAAGGGAAUGAGGAUGAUGCGGCGAAUGAGGAUGAUGAGGGGAAUGAGGAUGAUGAGGCGAAUGAGGAUGACGAGGCGAAUGAGGAUGAUGAGGGGAAUGGGGAUGACGAGGGGAAUGAGGAUGCCGAGGGGAAUGAGGAUGACGAGGGGAAUGAGGAUGAUGAGGGGAAUGAGGACGAUGGGGGGAAUGGGGAUGAUGGGGGGAAUGGGGAUGAUGAUGAUGAGGGGAAUGGGGAUGAUGAGGGGAAUGAGGAUGACGAGGGGAAUGAGGAUGAUGAGGGGAAUGGUGAUGAUGGGGGGAAUGAGGAUGAUGAGGGGAAUGAGGAUGAUGAGGGGAAUGAGGAUGAUGGGGGGAAUGGGGAUGAUGGGGGGAAUGGGGAUGAUGAGGCGAAUGGGGAUGAUGAGGCGAAUCGGAAUGACGAGGGGAAUGAGGAUGAUGAGGGGAAUGAGAAUGAUGAGGCAAAUGAGGAUGAUGAGGCGAAUGAGGAUGAUGAGGCGAAUGAGGAUGAUGAGGGGAAUGAGGAUGAUGAGGCGAAUGAGGAUGAUGAGGGGAAUGAGGAUGAUGAGGCGAAUGAGGAUGAUGAGGGGAAUGAGGAUGAUGAGGGGAAUGAGGAUGAUGAGGCGAAUGAGGAUGAUGAGGCGAAUGAGGAUGAUGGGGAGGAAAAGGACACUGAGGCGAAUGGGGAUAAUGAGGCGAAUGGGGAUGAUGAGGCUAAUGGGGAUGAUGAGGCGAAUGGGGAUGAUGAGGCUAAUGGGGAUGAUGAGGCGAAUGGGGAUGAUGAGGCAAAUGGGGAUGAUGAGGCUAAUGGGGAUGAUGAGGUGAAUGAGGAUGAUGAGGGGAGUGAGGAUGAUGAGGAUGAUGAGGGGAAUGAGGAUGAUGAGGCGAAUGAGGAUGACGAGGGGAAUGAGGAUGAUGGGGGGAAUGAGGAUGAUGGGGGGGAACUGGACAAUGAGGCGAAUGGGGAUAAUGAGGCGAAUGGGGAUGAUGAGGCUAAUGGGGAUGAUGAGGCGAAUGGGGAUGAUGAGGCUAAUGGGGAUGAUGAGGCGAAUGGGGAUGAUGAGGCGAAUGGGGAUGAUGAGGCUAAUGGGGAUGAUGCGGCGAAUGAGGAAGAUGAGGGGAAUGAGGAUGAUGAGGCGAAUGAGGAUGCUCAGGGGAAUGAGGAUGAUGAGGCGGGAAUGAGGAUGAUGAGGCGAAUAGGGAUGAUGAGGGGAAUGAGGAUGAUGAGGCGAAUGAGGAUGAUGCGGGGAAUGAGGAUGAUGAGGGGAAUGAGGAUGAUGAGGCGAAUGAGGAUGAUGAGGGGAAUGUGUUAG